CUAAUUUCCUUUUUCAAAGAGGAUAGCAACAUCAUCUUUUGUUUAUUAUGCAGGUUUCUUUCAAUUCAUUUUCUGUAUGAUUAGGACCUUGAUAUUUUUCCUUGCUCCCACUCAGCAAGACUCGUAAUUGGUUAAAGUCUCCUUGGCGUAUUAUUUUUGAACUUUUGGCAAGAAUGCUGCUCAUAUCACAUGCAACCGUUUUCUUGAUUUGUCUUUGCAUGCGUGUCAUAUAGUAUAUAGAGACGGUAGUCAUUUCUCCAAUAUACAACCUUUCUGAAAAAAAGAAAUGGAUAUUCUCUAUACCAUCUUCACCUGUAUAGCUAUCUUGUUAUUCAUUUGUGUGACUCCUAUUUUAGUUUUAAUAGUAAGGAUCUAUGCUGGCAAGUCAAUCAGAAACCCCAAAUAUGCACCAGUGGUGGGAACUGUGUUUCAACAACUGAUCUACUUCAACAGACUCUAUGAUUAUCAAACAGAAGUGGCUAAAAAGACCCCUACUUUCCGGCUUCUGGCGCCGGAGCAGAGUGAAACAUAUACCACUGAUUCACGAAAUGUUGAACACAUUCUUAAGACCAACUUUGGCAAGUACUCUAAAGGCAAGCGCAAUCAAGAGAUAUUUAAGGAUUUGUUUGGCGAAGGGAUAUUCGCCGUGGAUGGUGAGAAAUGGAAGCAGCAGAGAAAGCUUGCGAGCAUCGAGUUCUCAACUAGGGUCUUGAGAGAUUUUAGCUGCACAGUUUUCAGAGAAGGAGCAACCAAAUUGGUCAGCAAGGUUUUUGAGUUCUCUCUUGCCAACAAAUUUUUUGAUAUGCAAGAACUGCUAAUGAGAUGCUCCCUGGAUUCAAUAUUCAAAGUUGGCUUUGGAGUGGAUUUGAACUGCCUGGAUGAAUCAAGUGGAGAUGAUAAUGAAUUCAUCAAGGCCUUUGAUGAUUCAAAUGCAUUAACAUAUUGGCGUUAUGUCGAUCCAUUCUGGAAGCUUAAGAGAUACUUCAACAUUGGCUCUGAAUUUAUCCUGAAAAAGAACAUCAAAUUCAUCCGAGAAUUCAUUGAUGAACUGAUUAUAACAAGGCGCAUACAGCUAGAAAUGAAACAAGAAUCUAUGGAUAAGGAGGACAUACUCUCAAGGUUUCUGCUAGAGAGUAAGAAGGAUCCAGAGAAAAUGACUGAUCAGUAUCUCAGAGAUAUUAUACUGAAUUUCAUGCUUGCCGGCAAAGAUAGUACUGCUAAUACUCUUUCAUGGUUUUUCUAUGUGCUCUGCAAGAACCCCUUGAUCCAAGUAAAAGUUGUUGAGGAAAUAAGUGAAGUUGUUGGGAGUAACAUAAAUGAUAAUGGAAGUGUGAAUGAUUUUGUAGCAAGUAUAACAGAAGAAGUCCUUGAGAAAAUGCAGUAUCUUCAUGCGACAUUGACAGAGACCUUGAGGCUAUACCCCGCUGCCCCAGUGGAUGGCAGGUGCGCGGACGUGGAUGAUGUUCUUCCUGAUGGAUUUCACAUCAGAAAGGGGGACGGAGUCUAUUAUAUGUCCUAUGCAAUGGGGAGAAUGCCUUACAUUUGGGGUAAUGAUGCUGAGGAUUUCCGACCAGAAAGAUGGUUGAAAGAUGGGAUUUUCCAGCCAGCGUCACCAUUCAAAUUCAUAGCAUUUCAUGCCGGUCCAAGAAUAUGUCUAGGCAAAGAUUUUGCCUACCGGCAAAUGAAGAUAUUAGCAAUGGCUCUUCUCCAUUUCUUCAGGUUCAAAUUAUCCGAUGAUACGAAAGAAGUAACUUAUAGAACCAUGUUUACACUCCAGAUCAAUGAUGGGCUUCCAGUUCAUGCGGUUCCAAGAAGAGGAUUUGUAGAAGCCUGAAAUACAGAAGACACUUCCAAUGUUUUUUUAAACUAAUUCACAGAAGUCAUGACUGUACAUUUCCACCAUAUGAACUAUAAGUACAACUAUUCACAACUUUGUAACUAGAAAUUGAUGCUAAUAUUUCAUCAAGCUCUUGAUUUCGUCUUAAAAGGAAUGGCUUCAUAUUA